AUCUGCCAGAGCGGAGAGCAAUCGGAAAAGGAAAGUCCGAACGGCUGGCGAUACGUGAAAACAGCUGCCUUCGACUAGUCCUUCCGUCUUUCCACUCCCCAAUUCCCAUGCGAUUUCCAACUUAAUUAGUUCAGAGGGAGAGAGAGAGGUUCCCUCAUGGCGACUUCAUCCAUCUCUGCAGUUUCAGUCUGGCCGUCUUUGUCCCUGACCUCAGUGAAAGGCAGGGCAAGCUCAGCUUCUUUGAACUCACGAAACCGUUUUACUUACAACCCCUUGUCUUUUUCUUCCUGUUCUUCGCAUCGAUCUUUCAGGAGAAAAUUUUGUAGAGUCCAAGCAACAAUUUUGCAAGAUGAAGAAGAGAAGGUAGUUGUGGAGAAGUCCUUCCAACCAAGUAGCUUUCCUCAGAAUGAUGGGGAAGGAAGCAACGGGGAUACAUCGGAGAAUACAUCCGUCAGUGCAUUGGAGAGUUGGGUCAUCAAGUUUGAGCAAUCCAUAAAUAUCUUUCUCACGGAUUCAGUUAUAAAGAUACUUGAUACUCUGUACCAUGACCGGAAUUAUGCUAGGUUUUUUGUGCUGGAGACUAUCGCAAGAGUUCCUUAUUUUGCCUUUAUGUCUGUUCUACAUAUGUAUGAGAGUUUUGGUUGGUGGAGAAGAUCAGAUUAUUUGAAAGUGCAUUUUGCUGAGAGCUGGAAUGAGAUGCACCAUCUUCUUAUCAUGGAGGAACUGGGAGGAAACUCGUGGUGGUUUGAUCGCUUCCUUGCACAACACAUUGCAGUAUUUUAUUAUUUCAUGACAGUUUUAAUGUAUAUAGUGAGCCCAAGAAUGGCAUAUCAUUUUUCUGAAUGUGUGGAGGGGCAUGCUUACGCAACUUAUGACAAGUUUAUCAAGCUACAGGGAGAUGAGUUGAAAAAAUUGCCUGCCCCUGAGAUCGCUGUCAAAUAUUAUACUGGGGGUGACUUGUAUUUAUUUGAUGAGUUUCAAACCUCCAAAGUUCCCCAUUCUCGAAGACCAAAAAUAGAGAACUUGUAUGACGUGUUUCUCAACAUAAGGGAUGAUGAAGCAGAACACUGCAAGACAAUGAAGGCAUGCCAGACUCAUGGGAAUCUUCAUUCACCUCACUCUUAUCUUGACAAUGAACAGGAGGAUGAUUUGGGUUGUGUUCUGCCUCAAGCAGAUUGUGAAGGUAUUGCAGAUUCUAUUAAAAAAUCUGUAACGUCUCCUCAAAGACAAGCAGAUAAAAUGGAAAUUAGUUAAAAUGGUAGCAAAUUUGAAGGUAUUGUAGAUUGUAUUAAAAAAUCUGUAACGUCUCCUCAAAGACAAGCAGAUAAAAUAGAAAUUAGUUAGAAUGGUAGCAAAGUUUUGUAUGUAGAUUGAUAUCGAUUGAAUACAUAAGUUGUUCGGUACAGGAUUCUCUUCCAUUUCUAGUUCAUUUCUUUAAUACAUGUUCUUGGUAGUGUUUACCAUGUAAGUAGGACGGUACAGGAUUCUCUUCCAUUUCUAGUUCAUUUCUUUAAUCCCUGUUCUUGGUAGUGUUUGCCAUGUAACUAGGAGGUACUUGCCUGAUUUUGAAUUGGACAGUGACACAUAUUGGCUCAUCUUCAAAUAGGGUGUGACUGAAACUGCCUAUUCCAGCAGUCGACUUACUCGAGCUAUACAUUAUGAAGUUUUCUAUCUGCCAUUGAAGGCUAAAUUCAGAUUGGUUGUCUUCCUUCAAGGGGGGUUAGGCAGACUUCAGCUUUGGUUUUUCACUCCAGUUUUGUUUGGAUGGUGGUAGAUGUGGUUACAUGCCCUGUUGUUUGAUUUUGAAUUGGACAGUAGAGGGACAUUUAUCGUGAUGUUUACUUAUUUCCCAAUUGACUACUGAAAAUAUGAGCAAUUCAAAAUUGAGGUCCAGCUAAUGCAACCUCACUGCCUUUCAUAGCUCAUCUGUUUGCAUAGGAAAGCAAAAGGAGACAUGUAAUGGUAAACCUCGUGACUUAUGAUCUUCAGACUAUCCUUGGCAUGCGUACCACCCUUAGUUACUUUGUGAACAUGUCAGUUAUCACGGUAAGAGUGACCAAAAAAUUCCAGACCACCUGGACUAGUUUAUCUCUCUUGGUCAAAGAAGGCAAGCGUAGGCACAAGCGGCCUUGCUAUGGCUUCCGUAUCAGGAGGAAGUGGAUGCUGCUGAUUGGUAUAUUUAUGAUUUCCAGCCUGAUGUGGGAUCAGCCCAAUAUAACUUUUCCUAGCGGUUCACUCUGGGGAUGCAAUUCUUAGGAGAACCUGGCUUGGCUUCACUCUGGCGAUAUGAAUCUUAGUAGAACUUUCCCCUAUACACCGGCUUAUAAGGUGAGGGAACCCAAGAUCAUUUCAAAUCCCUUUGUAACUGAAGUGGGAUCAGCCCCCAUAUGAUUGAUUUGGAAUCGUGGUUUGGUACCUCUCUUCCUUAAGGGAGGAGUUGGGGUUUUGGGAGUCUGUUGAUGUGCUGCUUCAUGUAUUUGGCUUUAAAGGAAGAACCUGAUUUGAGUGAAAACUGAAACUAGUCAAAUUCCAAGCUGGUACACUUGUUGUGAUAUGAACUAAAUCCCCUGGUUUCCAAGGUACAACAUGAGAUUUUGACCAUUGAAGCAGUCAAGGCAUUGGUAUAGAAUCUGUACCCUUGCUUGGAGAGAGGAGAAGAAAUUAACUAAGUGAGCAUUUCAAGUGUUGGCUUGCAUCGCAUGAAAUAUGGACUUUGGCAUUUUGUGACCAAUAUGGUUAAAGCAACAACUGGGAAAAGGUGGGAGCAUCGAAUGGCGUAUGAGUAUGAUAUUUCCUUUGUUUCGCUCUCUUCCUUCUAAUGCUUCUUUUACCAACUGCCCAGAAAGUAGAGGCCCUCUCUCUAUCUUAUGCACAGGGACGCGCAUACACGCAACAGCAACCGCCACACUAUACUGACUGCGAAAGCCACUCAAAAAGGCCCAUAAAGGGUGGUACAUGGGGGAGAGACGAGGCCAAUGGAAGCUUCUUUCUGUUGUUGCAAAUGGUUUGGUAGGCAAUUGUGCAAGAGAAACCAACGUGUACCGCAUGAACUGACUUCUCAGUUCACAUAGUGCAUGUGAUGCAUGAACUGACUUCACCUCCGCACUUCUCGCUUCUAUAUAAUAUCUUCACCAUUUUAUGCUCACAUAACCUUGAAGCAGCUUGAACAUAGAGAGAGAGAGAGAGAGAGAGAGAGAGAGAGAGAGAGAUUUCAGUUGUGUCUCCCGGGGCAGUAAUCAUGGGCAACAAUGGGGAGAAGCCAAGGAAGGUGGGGAAGCUGGUCAGAUACACUGCAAAGAUGGUUAGCUUCUUAAGGAGGAGCAUUGAUAGGUCAGGAACAGAGGUUUCAAUUCCCCCUCCUACUCAGGCGGUUCAUUGUGAUGACCUUUUCUUUUCGUCUGGUAAGUGCGAAGGCACUCAAAUAGAUGGUAUUGCUGCUGAUCCAGUGGUGGCAGCUAUGAUUGUAGCUCAGAAUCACUUCAGUCUUAGACCAAAUCUUUUGAUCUAAAGAGAUAGAUAAAAGCACUAAUCUUCAUCUCUAAUGCUCCCUUAGUGUUCCUUAUUAAAAGUGAAAAUGUUUAUCAAGGAAAUGAUGUUAGUUGUAAGUGGUAAAUGGUAACCCCAUUUUAAUCUAUGUUGUUAUUAUGUAAGGAGCUAGUGCCACUGUUAAGAAAAUAUCUUGAUGGAGUGGGUUUGCAGAGUCCAAUAGUGGAACUUUUAUUUCCUCUUAUAGGGUCGAUCCCAAACCUCACUUUAUAAAUAGUCAACACUAACCUAAUAAAUGUGCCGUAAAAGAGGAUAGAUAAAGACUGAUAUUGAUCAUGCUUGCUUUA